UCUCCCGGUCUGCAGGAGAGUAGCAGGAGAUCGGCGCUGGCAGAAAGCACAAUAAACAGGUGCAAAUACGAAUUCAGCUGCUUCGCGUAUUCGAAGAGAAGGCUUCGACUUCGGCACAGACAUCCUUACCAGCCACCUGUAGCGCCCAGCCUUUUCUCACAAUGGUCGCCGUCCUGAAGCCCUGGAGUGCUAUGAUCGCGCUGGUCCUCUGCGUGCUGGUGUGCCUCGGCGCCUUCGUGGACGCCUACCCGCCCAAACCCGAGAACCCGGGGGAGGACGCGCCGCCCGAGGAGCUGGCCAAAUACUACUCCGCGCUCAGGCACUACAUCAACCUGAUUACAAGACAGAGAUACGGCAAGCGGUCCACCCCCGAGGCGCUGGUGUCAGAGCUGCUGUUUGGUGACAACUCAGAGCACAACCAGCGAUCAAGGCUCGACGACUCCUACAUGUGGUGAUUCCUGCCUCUUCUUCCUCCUCCUCCUCCUCCUCCUCCUGUGCCCCUCUCCUUGUGUCCACCACGCUGAGGGAGCCCAGCCCCGCCACAGAGGCCCGCCCUGUGACGGACGAGUGAACGCCACCAAACUCCAGCCCAGCUGUCUCCGCAUGUUCCUCUCUCUUCCUCCCCUCUCCUCUUCCUCCCGUCCUCCUGGCUCUCUCCCUCUCCCCCUCCCACCUGGCUUCUUACUACACAAAGACAAUUGUACAUAAUUUAUUAAUGAAUAACAAUAGAAAAUUAAAAAAAAAAUCUUCAGCCAUUUGGCGCUAUAUCUUUAAAGAGAAUAUUCUUUUUGUUUGUAUUGUAUAAAUGCUUAUGUGCAAUUAAAAGUUUAAUGAAUGAUUCA